AUGGAGCCCGUUCCUGAGACGGAGCGAAUGGAGGAGUUCAAGUCCUCCCCGGUUCCUUCACUGCGCCUCGGCAAUGCAAGUGCCGUCAUACCAAGGCUCGACCUCGACGCGACCCGGAAGCCACCAACCGUGCGCCGCAGCACGGACCCGUGUCCCUCGUCGCCCAGCGCGUCUUCAUGGGGCACUGCCAACGUUGCCUCGCUGCCAUAUCGCCCUCGGACCGCCUCUCCGCUCUCCGGCUCUCAUGGCCGCUCACGAUCCGUCGCCAGCCUUGCCGUACCCAUGUCGCGCACGCAGUCCAUGCCUGGUGUCAGCGGCUCCGGCCGCAUCCUCUACUCGCCGCAGUUGCGGCCCGCUAGCCCGUCGGGUUCUCCCAGUCGCACCCGUGCGCCGCGGAAACCUGUCGACGAGGCGUUCCCGCCGACGUCCCCGAUCCGAACCUCGGUCCUGGACGCGGAUCGACGGUCCACGCCCGGCGAGAGAAGCACCUCGCCGACCUUGAGCACUUCCAUCAACUCCAUGAAUCGUCUGCGCCCAGCAUCGCCACUGCGCAGCCUUGCCCCUCCUAGCACGAGCUCCCUCUUGCUCCUGCCCUCCACACCUUCUUCCAAUUCUUCCGCAUCAUCUUUUCGUGCAUACGAUGCGUUCGCGCCGUACGGUGGGGGCUUCUCGUCUGUGCCCUCUACGCCGACAUCCGCGCGGUCAAGGAGCCCGAGCAUAUCCAGCCUCGAGACCAUUCCCGACUCGCCGGACGCGGAGGAAGCCGCCCUGGAAGCUGAGCGGAUGGCACAGUUGAAGGCGGCCGCAGAUGCAGCCGAGGGCAGCGACUCCUCCGAUUCGUCCUCGUCCAAGGGGCGCAACGGCGGCGGCGGCGGCGGCAGCAGCAGUUCGGAUGUCCCUGUGCGCGGGCGGACCAUGAGCUACGGCUCGAGAGACAAGCGCAAGCGAUGGAGCGUUUGCGGUGCCGAGCGACGCGGCGAUAUCGACUUGGAGACUAUUUGGGAAGACUGA